CAACGUACUUGUGGUAAUGUCGGUGAGAACUUUAGUUGUAUGCCCGGCUGCAAUUCCUUUUAAUAGUUCUUCAUGUCCUCUAGUUUCGUUUCCACUAAUUAUUUUCCAAAUUCAAAACUAAAUAAUUUUCACGGGCCCAUUUUAAUAGAUAAGUAAAAUGUUUGUCGAAAAAGAUAAUGAAAUCUUUACAUAUGCCAUAAAAUAAGCUGAGUCUUUGCUGGAAUGAUGGAAACUAAAUUGGGUAAAAAUGAAAUAAUCCAUGAUUUAUGAUCUGUGGCAUGUGCCAAAAGGUAUUUCCUUUAACUAUUGUCGAAUUCUUCUUUCAAUAUAUAAUACGAAGCGUGUAUAGUGAUAGUAUGGGUCCAAUCUUUAUACACAGGUCAUAGAUUCAGCUUAGUUAGAUACUUUCAAUCGAAUUAUAAUUUUGUGAAAUAAAUUAGUUAGACUUGCUGCUUAAUUUAGAUGAAAGUUAGGCUUGAGGUUUAAACCGUUGACAAAACAACACCCAGAAAAAGUUAGGCUGUUGACUUUUAAUAAUAAAAAAUGGGAGAUCAUUGGUUCUUCAAUUGAAUAGUUUCAAAAAGAAGAAUAUGAUAUUAAAAAAUGUCAAAAGAGACAUUUUCUUUUUUACAUCCGAGACAUUAAAGUUACAAGGUAAGGUAAAUAACACUAUGAAGUCAUAGUGAACCAGAUUUUGAAACUUGAAUACGUUUCUCUGGGAGAGAAUUUAUAGAGUUUUCUUAGUUUUAUUUGCAGAAAAAACACUAUCAAUCAUACUGCCAAAACGACACUGGGAAAUAACUGACCCUAUUAUAAAGGUGGUCCCAAAUGGUGCUUACAACAUGUUUGGGCUCAUAUGGAGACAAUAAUGCCCAAUCAUGUUUUAAGAUAUUCAAAAGUUGAAAACAAACUUUUUAAUCGGCUUUAAAUUGAUCAAAGAUCUAGCAAGAUCUGUACAGAAAUAUUUGGAAAACUCAAUCUCCACCAUUUACAUCUUUGUCAAAGAUAAUUCCAAUUUAUCCCAUCCAAAUUUAUUGAUAAGAAUAAAUAAAAUAAUUAAGAACUAUGUGUAAACCGUUGCACGCAUGGUAGUGAUUGUAGACUCAAAUUUGCGGCCAUAGUAAAUAGGCACAAGAGAAGAUAGUCGAUUUUGUAUUUUGAAAUAUUGUUGUUUUGUCAUACGCUUGUCGAUCGACAUUGGUAUGAUCAUGUCUGUUUUUAUUUAUAAUUUUUGAAAAUUCCGUUCAUAAUUUUUGGUAUAUAAAUCACCCAUGCCAAAUAAAGGAUUGUUGUCAUACCAUUUCUUGUUCUUCAUAUCAUUAUAAAUUGAGUUAAAAAAAAAUCAAAACUAAAGUUAAAAAGAGAUAAUUUUAUAAAAUUUCCACACAUAAAAAUUGCCAGAGAUAAACUUGUUUUGGACAACUACACAUGACCGCAUGCUCAUUCAAUAUCUUGUCAAACGUUACUUAUAUUUUUUUUUAUGUUGUGAGUUUUAUCCCCAUGCAUAUUGAAUGUUCUCCUCUAUAAGUUGAGCUUUCUCUAAAUUUGAAUAGGUCUGCCAGUUGAUCUUUAAAAAUGAGAUGUGAAAGGAACUAAGAUGGGAAAUAGCAAGGAACAGAAUAAGCAUGUACACUUUUGGUAAUAUUAUUACAACUAAUAUUCUCUUCUUUGUAACUUUUAUCUUUUUCUUGUUUAUCCAUUUAACGUUUGGUUCUACGAAAAUAACAGAUGCACGCAUACUUCGUGAUCCUCCCUUACUUAAUCUCAUGAGGCAAGGGCUUAGACAAUCUCUUUUUUCUCUUUGAAAUUAUGGACCGUAGACUUGGUCUAGGUGUUUUGGUUGGUUUAUCAUUAUUCUUUUUCUAGUCUUUUUUGCUUCUAAAAUUUUAAAAUAUAGACAUUAAAAUUCUCUUGGUUAUAUAUGCAUAUGACACUUGCGCAUAUUACAGUGGGAUCGUAUUUUGCUACCGUUUCUAUUUGGUGCCAGUCCCGUUUGGUUUUUGACUCUGUUGUACGUCUCAUGAAGGUUCUUUGCUAUGGAAGAGAUAGGAAGGUGAUUCUAGAUAAAGAUUGUGUUUUAGGCACUAAUUUGGCUGCGCAUUACCUUUUCUCUUCGGACAUUUCCAAAGCCAAAACCUACGAUCGAGCUGCAGAAUACCAUCUUGGGAAAGCCACUCCUUAUAAAAAAGCAUUUUUUGAGGCUGUUAAUUACUUGAUCUCUGAUAAUAUGGACGAAGAUGUGGCUUUGGAGUUACACUCUAAGCUCUUGAACUUUCCGAAAGAUUUGCUAUCUUGAAAAACUCGAUUCUGUGUUUCUACAUGGGUCGACCUGAUCUCUCUUUGCCUCUUUUUGAGGAGAUCCUAGCUAUCUGAGAAUCAAGAACAUGACUAUGUUUAUGGUAUGCUUGCAUUCUCCUUAUUGGAGCGUGGACAUUUAGCAGAAGCUGAGAAAGCGGCUAGGAAAGGAUAUGAGAUCAACAAAAACGACUAUUGGGCUCAUCAUUGUUUGUGUCAUGUUCUUCAAACUGAAUGUCGUUUCAAAGAAGCAGUAGAGUUCAUGGAAGCAUGCUCAGCUUCAUGGGAUUCAUGCUCUUCCUUGGGGUAUUCGCAUAACUGGUGGCAUGUUGCUGUUUGUUACUUGGAAGGAGGCUCUCCCAUAAGUAAAGUACAAAAAAUAUAUGAUAAUAAGAUGUGCAAAGAGCUGGAGAAAGAAGAUGCUGUUGCUACAGACUUAAUUCCCUUAUAAUUUUUCUUCACCAUUUUUAAAAUGUAACAUGGGAUGUUCAAAAGAAAUUUGUAACAUGGGACUAACAUGUCUUAUACUUGUAAUAUUAAAAUUAGGUCUACAUGGAUGCUCUCGGUUUGAUGUUGCGCUUGGACACACGCGAUAAACUACCUGAGAUUUUAGACAGACUCAAAGUCCUAGCAGACUGUUUGACUGACCAAAAAAUGUGGUAUCAAGAGUGGCUUUUUGAUAUUACAACAAUUGGGCGUUGAGUAAAGUUGGAAACACUUCACAAGCACAUGUACUGCUCGAGAGCCUCAAGUCCCGAACAUGUAACCUGAACAAUAAGAAACAACAGUUGAUGCAGAAAGCGAUUCAGGGUCGGCCCUGCUCGCUGAAGCUGUAUAUGAAUAUGGAAAAGGCAACAACACAAAAGCUCUAGAAAUGCUUGGUCCAAACUUUGACAUUGUUGACUAUAAGAGUAUAAGCGGUUAGAGUAUUGGAGAGGAGGAUAAAGCAGAGAGAUGGUGCUCCUUUCUUGUGGCAUUUGCUGGAGAAGAGUUACCUCAUGGAAGGCAAUGCAGAAGCUAUUGUAACUACAUGUGAGAAAGCCAAUGUGUUGGAAUCUUCAUAUUUCAAGUUUGCUUGAUUACACCAUAAAAACAGCACCGUCUUGUUAUCCUUUAGACUAUGUUUUUGCGCUUUGUUGAAUAUAGUAAUUGUCGAUGUAAAAGCUGAACUUGAACUUUCUAUGUAAAUAAUUUUUGCUUUGACCAAGAAUAUAAAUAGACGUUUUCAUAAGAUCAUAAUGUAGUGCUGCCAUGAUCUUCUUUCCUGCAUGAAGCAUCACCUAGUCAUAUAACUUCCAGAUGUCUACUAGUUUUGUAAUUAAUAUACAAAAAGUCAUGUUAAGACUAGUUAGUUAUUACAUGCAUGAUGCAUCACCCUAAUAACGUUCGAAGUUUCAUGAGUAAGUAAGAGCGUCCGCAACGGGGGUUCACAAGCAAUCCUUAGCACAAGUACAUAGGUUAGUCGUAAUAUAAUAAUAUUAAUUAUGUUAAUUUACGUAAGGAUUGAUCCGUCGGGAAGGAGUUUAAGGAGUUGAUCCUUAGCUACGUGGCAACAGCUGAAUGGGAUUGGCUCAGUUUGUUUUUGGGUUUGGUUAAAAAAAAUUGGUCAUUCUCGACCGAAAUUGAAAAAAAAAAACGAGAGCUCGACGAAAGACGAUAUUUUGGCGAUUGAAACCGAUCGUCUUCACGAAGGUAAAUCAAAGCUUAAACCUGUAUGUUUGUUCGAUUUAGCCUAGGUUUCAACUUGUUUCCUCUCAUUUAAGGGUUCGGGAACGGGUUCGAAUCGAUUUGGGUUUACGAUUGAAAUUAGGGUUUCCCAAAAAUUUGGGGUUAAAUCGAUUUGGGGUUUCGAUCCAGUAUGGGCGUGUAUAGAAAGGGUUUUGACAAGAUUUCUGUUUCAAUCGAAAGCGGAUUUUAUCUUAUUUCUUAUACGGUUUCGAAAUGAAUUUGGUAUCAAACGGAAGAGGAUUUUUUUUUUUUGUUAACGGUUUCAAAACCUUUUAGGUUGAUAUGUGUUCGCUUUCAAUCGGUUCGUCAUUUUUUUUAAAUCCAUAUGCUGUUUGCUUCCUUGAUUUUGUUGCUCUAACUAUGUUCUUGUUAUUGAAACCAUAUGUUGUUAUCGGUUUAAGUUAUUGUUGUUUUUAACUAUGUUCGUUCAUCAUUUGUCUCAGGUUAACCAAAUGGGACAUGAUUACAGCUACUCUCAGCCUUCUUCAUCAUCAAACUCUAUAGACAUGAGCUCCCUUCUUGAAGCUGAAGCUAAGAUGUACGCGGAUGAAGCUGAGAGUCCCUACUGCAAUGCCGAGCCGGAUCAGUUCCCACCCCAACCAGAGGCUGAUGAUGGAAUCCCUACGGCUUGCUACUGUGGUGCUCAGCCUGUUGUCAAAUGCUCUUACACACCUAAGGAUCCAUACCGAAGAUACUUCUCGUGCCCCAAUGUCGAUGAUGGUGGCUGCCACAUAUGGAAAUGGUGGGAUGUGGCUUUAACGGAGGAGCUGAGUGAGGUUCAGAGACAUGUCAGACAGCUCAAGGAUCAAGCUUUUGAGUGUGACCAGAAGAUGCUUAAGCUACAGAAGACGGUGUGUGAGGUGAAGAAGAAAUCAGAGAAUACAAUUGUGUUUGCAUUGGCAGUUUGUGUAAUGGUGUCCGCAAUAGUAUUCAUAGGUUUGGCUGCUAUGUACCUGAGUGGUAAGUAUCUCUCUUGUGCUAUUUCCUUGUUUUUUCAUGACAUUUUUUAAAAACUUUUGACUGUGUGAUUUAAUGUUUAUGCAGGAAGAGCUUCCAAGAAGUAAAGCAGAUCAACUACUAAAGGUCAAGAGUGUCUGUAUAAUUAAGGUACGAUUCCUACUCUCUUCUGUAUGAAAUGCUUUGUAUUGAAAUGCUUUAGUAUUGAUUUGCUUUAGUAAUGAAUGCAAGUUAGUAUUGAUUGUACUUGUAUUGAUUGUGCUUGCGCAUAAAUGCAAUUUGUUUGGUUUCUACCUUCCUACCGCCUUUGAUAUGAUUGUUUUUAAUGUUUUAGUACUUUGCAAAUGGGUGUUACUUUGAAUUGAUUGUUUUAAAUGUUUUACGCCUUUAGUUAGCUUUCUACCUUACUAACUGCUCGUUUUUAUUGGCCUUAAAUGCAACUAGUUUAGCUCAAUGUUUAAACUCGUCUACUUAAGUCUCUGUGUUGCUAUUAGAGUGACGCAGACCGAUAUUCGAAAUGGAAAAUAAU